AUUAGAGAGACAAUUUAUGACUUGUAAGCUACCUAUUGCUCCCACGAGAAUGUGGACAGUAGGGGAUCUCGUUCCACCAGUAGCUUAGUGCGUACUGACGAAUGGAGCCUCAGAAGCUAAGGUGUCGCUGAGUCCCAACCAAGCUAGCUAGCCACAGUCAGUAGAGAAGGGUCGGAACAGAGCUUGACACAAGUGAACACACGUAGAAGAAUGGUGACUUUGUGAAGAGCCGUUGGUUGGCUGGUGUUUGGCUGUGUUCAUGCAGAAUUACUAACAACGCCAUCACAGGCUCUCGGAGAGAAGGCCUUCUCUGACUCUGAACUGAGGUUUUUCUGUAUUCUGAUCUUCAUGGAGGAGUCCAUGUGACUCGUCGCGUUUUUACCAGAGGAGCCGUCAGAAAGGAUUACCGAAGUCGAGAGGGCCAGAGACAAUGUCGUCCAAUAGGAGUCAGAACCCUCACGGGUUAAAACAGAUUGGGCUGGACCAGAUCUGGGAUGAUUUGCGGGCGGGGAUCCAACAGGUCUACACACGGCAGAGCAUGGCCAAAUCCCGCUACAUGGAACUCUACACACAUGUUUAUAACUACUGUACGAGCGUACAUCAAUCCAACCAGGUCCGUGGGCCUGGUGCCCCCCCCUCCAAACCUUCUAAGAAGGCACCCACACCUGGGGGCGCUCAGUUUGUUGGACUUGAGCUCUACAAGAGACUGAAGGAAUUUCUGAAGAACUACCUAACAAGUCUUCUGAAGGAUGGAGAGGAUCUGAUGGACGAGAGCGUUCUCAAGUUUUACACCCAACAGUGGGAGGACUACAGAUUCUCCAGCAAAGUGUUAAAUGGCAUCUGCGCCUACCUCAACAGACACUGGGUCCGCCGUGAAUGUGACGAGGGAAGGAAGGGAAUCUAUGAGAUCUACUCCCUUGCCCUGGUGACGUGGCGAGAGUGCUUAUUCAGACCUCUGAAUAAACAGGUGACAAAUGCUGUCUUGAAACUCAUUGAGAAAGAGAGGAACGGGGAGACCAUCAACACCAGGCUUAUCAGUGGAGUAGUGCAGUCCUAUGUUGAAUUGGGUCUGAAUGAAGAUGAUGCCUUUGCUAAGGGGCCCACGUUACCAGUGUACAAAGAGUACUUUGAAACCCAGUUCUUGGCAGACACAGAACGCUUCUAUACAAGGGAAAGCACAGAGUUCCUCCAACAAAACCCUGUCACUGAGUACAUGAAAAAGGCGGAGACGCGUCUGCUGGAAGAGCAGAGGAGGGUGCAGGUCUACCUUCACGAGAGCACGCAGGAUGAACUGGCCAGGAAAUGUGAGCAGGUUCUCAUCGAGAAACACCUGGAGAUAUUUCAUACUGAGUUUCAGAACCUUCUGGAUGCUGACAAGAAUGAAGACCUCGGUCGGAUGUACAACCUGGUGUCUCGCAUCACUGAUGGCUUAGGAGAACUGAAGAAGCUCCUAGAGUCUCACAUUCACAACCAAGGACUUGCCGCCAUUGAGAAAUGUGGUGACUCCGCUCUCAAUGAUCCCAAAAUGUACGUGCAAACAAUCUUAGAUGUCCACAAGAAAUACAACGCGCUAGUCAUGUCAGCGUUCAACAACGACGCCGGCUUUGUGGCAGCACUUGACAAGGCCUGUGGCCGAUUCAUCAACAACAACGCGGUGACAAAGAUGGCCCAGUCCUCCAGCAAAUCACCGGAGCUGCUGGCCAGAUACUGCGACUCCCUACUGAAAAAGAGCUCAAAGAACCCAGAGGAGGCUGAGUUAGAGGACACCCUGAACCAAGUGAUGGUGGUGUUCAAGUACAUUGAGGACAAGGACGUCUUUCAGAAGUUCUACGCCAAAAUGUUGGCCAAGAGGCUCGUACAUCAAAACAGCGCCAGUGACGACGCUGAAGCAAGCAUGAUCUCCAAACUGAAGCAAGCGUGUGGCUUUGAGUACACCUCUAAAUUACAGCGCAUGUUCCAGGACAUCGGUGUCAGUAAAGAUUUGAAUGAGCAGUUCAAAAAGCACCUCUCAAACUCAGAGCCUUUGGACUUGGAUUUCAGUAUCCAGGUGCUGAGUUCAGGGUCCUGGCCCUUUCAGCAGUCCUGCACAUUCGCUUUACCAUCUGAGUUGGAACGCAGUUACCAAAGAUUCACAGCCUUCUACGCCAGCAGACACAGCGGACGCAAACUGACGUGGCUCUACCACUUGUCCAAAGGGGAGUUAGUCACAAACUGCUUCAAAAACAGAUACACGCUGCAGGCAUCCACAUUCCAGAUGGCCAUCCUGCUCCAGUUUAACACAGAGAAUGUGUACACCGUCCAGCAGCUGACCGACAGCACACAGAUCAAAGUAGAUAUUUUGAUUCAAGUUUUACAGAUUUUGUUAAAGUCCAAAUUGCUGGUCCUGGAGGACGAGAACGCCAACGUUGAUGAGAUGGACUUCAAGCCUGACACGUUGAUAAAACUCUACUUGGGCUACAAAAAUAAGAAACUGCGGGUCAACAUCAACGUGCCAAUGAAAACGGAACAGAAGCAAGAGCAGGAAACCACACACAAGAACAUAGAAGAGGACAGGAAGCUCCUCAUACAGGCCGCUAUUGUCAGAAUCAUGAAAAUGAGAAAGGUCCUUAAACACCAGCAGCUCUUGGCUGAGGUUCUGAACCAACUGUCUUCUCGCUUCAAACCCCGCGUCCCAGUCAUCAAGAAAUGCAUUGACAUCUUGAUAGAGAAGGAAUAUCUGGAGCGUGUUGACGGAGAGAAGGAUACUUACAGCUAUUUGGCAUAGACGUCUCCUUGUUCCAGUAUUUUUUUUUUUUUUAAAUGUCUAAGAAAUAAAUGUCAUUUCUUCGACAUUUGACCUUUGUCGUAAGGAACGAGUACGCGGCGCGGAACGGAACGGAACCAGCUGAUAGGGGAUUUGCUUCUCUAAAUGUCACAGACUGCUGGAUCUCCCUUUAAAAGUCCAGAGACUGGGAAAGCUGCCAGUCACUGUCCUGUAUACUCCUAUCUGACCUGCUCAGGAUCGCCACUCACUUUUUGAUAUGUAAAUAUGGACUGGGGCCUCCCCCCCCCCUGUACAAUAUCGACACCCAGGUUCAGGGUUUGCAUGCUACUGCCUCUCAUUUAAAGAAGACUUAUUCAAAGAUAAAUUGAACGGCUUUCAAAAGAACAGGAAAAAAAAAAAAAAGCCUGCCGCCUUUGUAAAAGGUAAAGCGGUUGUAGAGCGUGCACACUUAAUGACACGAGAUCCUGGAUUAAAAAUAAAUAAAUAAAU